ACUAGAUUAUACCUGCCAUAUACCAAACCAUGAUGUAGUUAGCGUACAUUGGGAAAUAAUUUGUUAAAUACUACAUUGUUGCUUCAUAUUACAAAGAAAGAGGCGGAGCAAUGAAAGGCUGUCCUUUUUCCCAGUUGUAUAUGAGAUGUCUUUCUGACAGCAGUCUGCUCACAUUGACUUGCUACACUGCUAGCACUCUAAUAAUACACUAUAUUCAACAAUGGUAAGUUUACGAAAUUACUAGCAUUUUCGAUUAAAACAUUUGAAUGCCUUUUUUUUUCUUUCUGGCAGAUAACUACAAUGUGUAAUCUGAAUGUUAUUCACUUUAUCAUGAUAUCCAUUGCUGCACAAAAUGUUCCAAUUUUACUGUGCAAAUAAUAUGAUUUUCUUUUCUAGACUUCCUACACAGACAAAGGAGAAAAGGUAUGAUAAUUUCCUAUAAAUAGCCAUACAUCUAGUUCAGUUAUUUUUACCGUUUAUUGUUUUAAACUGAUCUCUUAAAUAAUUUUGUAUUUUUUAAUUUUUUAUUAUCAUCUAGUAAAUGAUGUUGCAAUAUUUUAUUUUUAGAAGUGUCUGUAAAAAAAAAAAAAGUAGUAUAUAUUUAGCAUUCUAUUCAUUAAAAUAAAUUGGGGGAAAUUGAGAUAUGAGAAUUGCAAUUUUAGGGCAAUAUAACAAAACUGUAAAAAAAAUAUAUGAUAAAUUCAAGAUUUUUUUUUCAUUUGACAUAAAAAUUGUGAUCAUGAGGCAAUUCUCCAGGAUAAGUGGUUAAAUGAUAAAACACACAGUGAAUCAGUGCUGCAGUUACAUUUAUAAUGGUACAGUUUGGGAUGUUAGUACACUGAUGAAACAGGUAACGCUUGAAAUUCUGCAAAAACUGGAAAGAUCUAAUUUGACAAUACAAAAUAAAUAGAAAGCAGUUAGGAACCUGCUCUGAGCAGACUCCUUUACCCAGUAAUCAGAGAUAAACAUGGGCUAUUCAAUAAAUAGUGAAUUGUAAAUUUUCAAACUUUUGUCUAACAAUAUGACUUGGAUUUAUUUUUAUUUAUAAUAUUAGUAUAAAAUAUUCCAAGUUAACUAUUAACAAUCCACAAUUUAGCAAAGGAUUUUGAAACACUCAGGGUGGAUAUAUAUGAUAAUCUCUGAAGUGUUAUUCACUAAACUGUGAACUGAAUUUUAAAAAUUAAGCCUUACUAGCUCAUUAGAAAAAAAAAAAAAUGUUUAAAUAGCCUGAAUUUUGAAAAUCAGGUUUUAAUUCAUGACAGUUUAUUUUUUAGUGAGUAGACAUUCACAAUUUUGUGCUAUUAAUGCAUAAUUAGUAUUUUAAUGUUUAGUGUUUUAAACAAUUUUUGGGGGUUACAUUUUGUGCCUAAUGGGUGAAUUUCAGUUGUACCUGUCUGGGAAGGGAGCUGUUUUCAUGCUUUUUUAUAGUGUAAUGCUACUUUUACAGUGCACUUUAGAUUUUUUAUUUUUUUUAAUGCUAUUUUGUAAAUGUUAUAAAAAUGAAUUGGGAAAAAAAAUGAUGCUACGUCGAUGCAGUAUAAAGUGAUUUCUGAUAUUCAGUUUUACAUCUGUUUUAUAUAUUGUAUGGAAACAUAACAUGUUUUCAUGUUUGUGUUUGGAAUCCAGCAUGAACAAGGACGAUUUCUAAACUUUCAUUCUGUAACACUGUGGGUCAGUAAUGCAAAACAGGUAGGUUACUUUAUCUGUGUUCUUUAAUGGGUUAAAUUAGAGAUGAAAGCAUUCCUCCAUGUGUGAGCUCUCCAACUAGAUAGCCUGAGCUUGUGAUUGGUUCGUAAAGGGGAGUAUCUGAUGUCCCUCCAACAGUCUGUUUCCACUUAAGCUAUGUGCCACAUAUGGUGCUUCUGCUAGCACAGACACAGGCUGUUGUCUCUGAUAUCAGCCACAGGGAUGUGUUAUAAAAGUCACAUAGGUCUAUUUGGGUCAUGAUGUUCUAUGGUAAUUAGCAAAGUAACUCCCUACAAAUAAAUAAGAUUCUGAGGUUUUAUCAGGAAACAGACAUAAAACCAGUCCCGAUUUCCAGGAGUAAAUAAGAACAUAGGCCUUGAUUUUAUAUUUUUUGAGCAUUUUUUUUUUCAAAUUUAUAUAAUACUUUUUUGGAUGCAAUUUUCAAAUUAUUUAAUUUUUGUAAGUUUUUUUUUAUAAUGUAAUAUUUUGAUUUUAUUGAUAUUUUAUGUGAUAUAUUUGAAUUUAUGUCAUUUGGAAACUUUAUCCAAAAAGAUGAAAUCAUUUGAAAUAAUUAUCCACAAAAUAUUUAAUCAAGGCCAUAGUCGGUAUAACGGAUGGGGAAGGUGGGAAAUUUGGUUGUUUCUGAAGACCUUUGGCAUUUAAAUCUGGUUUUCAUCCCUAGUCCUGGUCUUAAAGGAUGUUAGGAGAUAAAUACCUCUACAAGAAUGGGAACUCUGUAAAGGCCCAAAUGCUUAAGCAUCCAUUCUUUUUCUGAUCUGCCACUUACAUGCCAGUGAACCAUGUUGGCUGGCGUCAUGUCUAUCAGUGUAAUUUAUCUUAGAACCAUGAGGCCACUUAAUAAAAUGUAUUUAUUGUAAUUUUUUAAAAUUUCUGUUAUGAUUUUUCUUUCCCCAUCGUUAUUUGUACUAUGUUUUUAAACAAUCUCUACGCUACAGGCUGCCUCAUUUUAUUGCAAUAAAAUGGGAUUUGAACCCUGGGCAUACAAAGGUCUGGAGACGGGUUCUCGUGAAUUGGUAUCUCAUGUUGUAAAGCAAGACAAGGUAUACUUAUUUACCCAUCCAUUGGAAAUACUACUCUGCAAUUGUAUAUAACAGUACUGUACCAAUAUUGCUCAUAUUUGUCUUGCAGAUAAUUUUUGUUUUCGUAUCUGCUCUUACACCGGGUAACAAAGGUAAAUUGUUUUGUUCUUUGCACCUGUGCCUUUGUGUUUGUAAUAUUCAAUACAGAUUGUAAUACAGAUAACUGGAUCUAUGCAGGCCUCCCAACCUUUCCAAUUUCGGCUGGAAAGUCACAAUUUUCUUGUCCUGACACCUGUCCUGGCGCCAGGGAACUGUUCCCAGCAAGCAUAGUGCAAGUGCAUUGUUAGAUGCGCUCACGCUUUGUUUAGGACACUUGGACCCUGCAGAGAGCGCCAAAACAGUGCUCCCAGUGGGUUCAGCCCUCAGUGGGUUGUCCUUAGAUGUUAGUCAGGCAGAGAGACUGGUGUGUAUUCAUGCCCGGAUGACCUGCCAGUAAUUCAGGUGGUUCAACCCCUUUUCUGGCUGGUUCCUCGUCCAUUGGGGUGGAGCCAGUGAUCCAAUCUAAGCGGUGUCCUACUUUUCUGGAUGCUGUAGUUGUGAGGUAUGUCUGCUUUACGUGUAAAAUAAUUAUAAGGUCAACAAGUACUAUUAUAUGGAAUUCUAUGUUCAUGUGUUUAUCUAAUGUCUUCUUUGUGUGUAUGCAACAGCUGCAUUCUCUGCCUAUCACUGUAGGCCAUAAUAGAAGCUGAAGUGUAGCAUUAAAGGGAUGGCCUAAGGUUUUGUGUCUUUCAAACUAAGUUACCUUAGAUAUGACUCAAUUUCUCAUUUGGACAUUUUUUCAUAUUUUUCACAUCAGAAUUUGGAGCCCACUUACAGAAACAUGGUGAUGGUGUCAAAGAUGUAGCUUUUGAAGUAGUGGACUGUGACUUCCUUGUUCAGGUGACACAUUGAGCACAGUGUUUAAUCUCUUCGAGUAAUAUCUAUACUGCAAAUGACCAAAUAUUUUUUUCUACCCUACAGAAAGCAAGGGAAAGAGGAGCAGUGAUUGUAAAGGAGCCUUGGAUUGAAGAAGACAAAAAUGGAAAAGUGAAAUUUGCGAUCGUUCAAACGGUACUUAAUUUUUUAGUCUUCAGAACCAUUAGCAUUUUUAUUUUCAAGGAAAACAAAAAAAGAAAUGUUAUUUGCUAUACAGGUACAAUAUUUUCAUGGUAGUUUGAUGACUUUUGACAGAAUACAUUCUUUGCAUUUAGAAUCCCUUCCUCUAAAACAUUCCUUUAUAGGAACAGUAUAUUUUUGACACAUCCAACAUCAUAACGAUCUGCUGUUUAUUGCUAUUAUUGUACUAAUAUCAUAAUUAGGGUUAUUUGUUAAAAUGUGUUAGGAAUUCAAAACUAAUUUCAACGUUUAGACCAAAAGAAUUUUCUAAUUCAAGGAUUUUGGCCAAAAAUUUUAAAUUCAGGUUGAAGUCAUUUUGAAUUUCUGACAAUACAGAUUCAGAUAAUUAACCCUGUGUAUUUCAAAUGAUGCCCUGUCUAUAUGAAUGUUUGACUUCAUCAUACAAUUAAAUAAAAUGUAAUAAUAGUUCUUCACUUGACCUCAAAUUAUAGAAUUUGAAAUUAUCUGGUAUGGAAACACUCUCCAACUCUGCAUUAGCUCCAGCUUGGCCAUUGUUGCCUAAAUUUCUCAAUUUAGAUUUUUAUUUUCAAAUAUUUGGAGUUUAGUGAAAAAUGCUGCCCAUAAUCUGUUGAGUGACUGCUGCUUGCAUGUUUAUGGACUUGACAAAGAUUGUACGGGUUCUUCUUGCUUGCUUAAAGUUGAGGGGUGGGGGUGGGGGGGGAUGGAGAAGAUCCUGGAAUUGUCCCUGCAGGGAAAACUGUAGGCUUAGCCUUUAUAACCCGCACAGAAAUUACAUUUGCAGGAAAGUGGCUCUGUCACAUCUUUUUCCUCUGUCACCCCUCCCUGACCCACCCAAUGCUCUGUGAUGAACCCAGGACUUACUAUUUUUUUUUUUAAUGUCCUGCCACUCCCAUCUGGUCUUUAUACGUACUGCCACCAUCUUGGUAAAUCCAAUAUGGCAGCACACCUCAGCUUUUUUAAAGCAUGAGCAUCAUUGCUUGCACUAUAUGAGUUAACAUUGGAAGGAGGCAAGCAAAAAUUGGUAACCGAUGAGAAAGAUGGCAGAUGAUGUGGAGCUUCAUUAUAUCUUCUCCUUUUGUCAACUUUUGGAGUCCAUACUUUUCCUUAUGUAUAACUUUAUUAAGCAACAUAACUUCAGUGGGUGGGGGGAAAGCUUUGCUACCCAACGGGACAAAGAGCAGCAGUACAAAUUAUCUAAAAAGUGACAGAGCCGCUUUGAGUUAAUUUUCUUUUCUGUUUUAUCAGUAUGGUGACACAACACAUACUUUAGUGGAAAAACUGGAUUAUACUGGCAUUUUUCUGCCUAGCUUUGAACCUCCCCUGUUUCGAGAUCCUCUUCUACCAAAACUGUAAGUGUAUGCGGAUUUGAUAUGUAUAAGAUAAGGGCAGGGAUAGCAGCGCUGAUAUAUUUGAUUGUUAAAAUGUUUGGAUUAUGAUACUGGAUAAUACAUAUAUAAAUACCACGUUAUCAUGCUUUAUUUUACCUACAAAAAUAAAUAAAUAAUCAAAUACAGUGAGUGACUCCCAAAGAAACAAAGCAGAUGAUAAAAUAAGUGAAUUAUGAAUGUGGUAUAUAAUAGUUCAACAAAUUUAGGCCUUAAUCAUAUAUUAUUGGAUAACCAGUUCAAAUAUUGAAUAUUUUUGGAUUAACUAAUAAAAUGUUAGUAUUAGGAGAAUAUUUAAUUACAUUUUGUUAUAUAUGAUAAAUAUUUUAAUUUAAAAAUAAAUAAAUUUCUAUAUAUAUAUUUUAACAUUCUGUCCAAAAAUAUUAAAUCUUUUGAAAAGCCUUUCCAACAAUUCUAACUUAAGGCUUUAGUUCUUUUCAAGAAAACAGAAUGUUUGAAAAAUAUUUUUCUCUAUUAUAACAUCAUUUGAUUUCAGCAAAAAAAAACAACAACAUUUUCUCUCUGGAUAUCGUUAAUAACUUGUAUUUUGAUUAUAGUUUCAAAUUGCUCACACAAAAAUUAUACUAAUAAUACUAAAUUAAAGAUUGUAUGCAAUAUUUCUACUUUUGCUGGUUCCUAUCUCCAUUCCUUCCAUUCAGGAUAAUGUAUAAUGUGGCCUAUACGAAUAAAGUUUGUUGAAAAAAAUCAGGGCUAUUGAUUAACGUGUAAUCAGGAGUCUAGUCCUGGGGAAAAAAGUGUGGGAACUUACCCAAGAUCCACCUCCCCCCCCCACCACCCUAAAAAAAAAAACUAUACGCUCAUAUAUAUAUACUUAUAUAUAGCUGUGUGAAGGGGUGACAGUGUGUGGGGGCUGAAAGUGAUUGGGGAUGGUGAUAUUGUAUGGAGGGGGUGUCAGUGUGUGUAUGGGGAUGAUAGUGUGGGGGCUAUGAUGGUGUGUGGGGAUGGCUGUGAAAAGGUGUGGUUAGGGGGGCUGUGAGUAGGUAGGGGGCUUUAAGGUGGCUCGGGGGUCACACUAACUCACUGACAAAUAUACACAGACAGACACGCACACACAUUUCCCCGCAACACUCAGAUAUUUUUUUUAAUUUUAAUUUAAAUCCACCCAGCAUCCCUACCUUGGGAGAGCUGGGUGGAUUUUUUUUUACCUGGGAUCCAGUGGGGCUGCUGGCCGGGCUGUUUGGGCAGGAAGAUGGGCGGUCAGCUGAGUUCCAGGCGGGCGGCGAGUGAGCGCUGAUUUGUGAGCUCUCAGCUCCCUUGCGCGCUGCAAAGUGAUGCCGGGGGCCUGGACCUCAACCGUCCGCCUGCCCCGAGGCUAACAAGGCCUGCAGGACUACUCGCGGGCAAACAAGCCCUGCAGGACUACUAAUGGGAACGGUGUUCCUGCUGUGCUGGUGCUUAAGCGGAAGGCCGUGAUCGUGUGCGGAGCAUGCAGUGACUAGAUUUAAUGAUACCCCUUGUGCGCACUAUGUGAUGGCGGGGGGGAGUGGGCAGGUAUAUGCUAAGUUAGAGCUUCAUGUUACGCUUACGGAGCCAGGUCAACAGAGAUACUAUAAACAAUCUCAAAAAACAUUAAAGAAAAAGAUAAACUGAACACAUUUAAUGAACACUUUGUGGAGGUAAGGCACAGGUAUCUGCAGCCACAGAUUUCAGGUUGGUUGUUUCAGGUGUUCCCCCUUCUGGGUACAAAUGGGGUGAUUCCUGCCACGCUUCAGGUUAACAAUUUGAUAUUCUGGUUGAAUUCCCAACAAUUCAUACAUAAUCCAGAUUAUCUGAGCUGGAAACUUGAUUGCCCUGACUGAAAGUAAUUUUCUUGAAGUAAGCAAGGUUCUCUUUUUUUUCUUUUUGUAGACCAUGUUGCAAAUUGAAUUUCAUAGACCAUAUUGUGGGCAAUCAACCAGAUGGUGAAAUGGUUCCAGUCUGUGACUGGUAAGUUCAUAAUUCUUUAAAAUCUAAUUUCCGUUACCUUCUUGCUAUGGCUGAUUUUUAUCCCUUUUCUUACUGUCUAGAAAAAGACUAUUAAACUUUAAUAGGGAAAUGACCUAUCACUCCCUUCAACCUCCCUAUAUGUAUGAAAAUGGGAUGGAUAGUACCAACUGAAUAAGUUGAAUCAGUUGGUUGUGUCUAGUGAAGAAAUGGCAGGAAUAACGGUGAGUGUGCAGAGGGUGGGGUCAUGUGGACCAAUAAGCAACUAAUUUGAACCAUCUCCAUAGGAUUGCCAAAAAAAGUAUUAAGCAUAUUGAUGCAUUUGAACUGAUAGUGUUUCUUUUAGCAUGAAGAUACAUGUCUCUAGAUGUAUCUAUAUUAUUAAUAUUUUAAAAGAAUGAAGGCACUGUGCAUUAAACUGGGUGCUCCCGAAUGUGUCCUUUAAAUGUAAAUUAUAUUACUUUAUAUUGAAUACUUCUUGUUGAUUAUGUUAAUUUGAUCUUUAUCACAACCAUGUUAGUUUGCGAAUGAAGUUGUUUUGGUUUAAGCCAGACCUCAAUGUAAGUUAAAUUAUUUACAUAGGUACCAGAAAUCCCUUUUAUUUCAUCGGUUCUGGUCUGUGGAUGACAAGCAGCUUCACACAGAAUUCAGUGCCCUCCGCUCUAUUGUGGUUGCCAAUUAUGAAGAGACUAUCAAAAUGCCAAUAAAUGAGCCUGCAUCAGGGAAAAGAAAGUCCCAAAUUCAGGUAUUCCGUGUCAAAAUAACACUUAUGGGUCAAUUACAAUCAAGCUUUGAGAACGUUCAUUAAUAUUUGCCUUAUGUCUGGAGUCACAAUAUGGUUUUUAAAAGCAACCACAAUCCAAAAUUCAUUGAACAUUUUUGUCAAAGAUGGCCAAAAUCAGAAAAAAUUAUUGACUUAAAGGCAGGCCUAUUAUUUACAGAUUCCCUCUGCUAUUUUCCUUUGGCUUUACUGGAUUCAUGAAUAGUAUAAAUAAGGAAUAAAAAAUGAGACCAGGUUUGUGAUUUACUCUAUAAUCUCAAACUCAAUAGUACAAUAUUGCAGAUUAAUGGGGGAACAAAUGGGUUUUUGACUAGAUUACUGGAUGAUGGUCAUAAGUGCAUUAAUGAUGAUAAUAGAGUAUAGGUGUAUCCUUAACAUAUUAUGUUUCAUAUGGACAUUGAAGUAUGUGGUGUGUUUUUUUUAUUUUUUUGGUGUGUUAAAGGAGCACACCAGUCAUCUUACCCAAUGCAUCUUCACUGACGUCCCUGUAGUGGUCAACAUUAAACCAUUUAAUAAUGGGUGAUGUCUUACCUGGGUGCUACCAGGCAUCGCUCCCUGCCUUUACUACUCCCUAUGGAAAGCCAGAAACACCUAAGCUAAAGCUUUUGUUAUAGAUUCUGGACUAAGCCCUGCAAUACAGGUCUUGCUCAUUGGCAGAGAACAUUAGCUGAUUGCUCUACUAGGCUUAGCUCAGAUAGAGAGCUUCUGCCUCUCCAUAGGAAGUAAUGGAAGUGGAGCCUGGUGGACCUUCAGUUAAGAAGUCAGACUGUUCUGAAAUAUUAACAAGAUGUCUUUAGUUAACCCCUUAACAACGUUAGGGUGUGCUAUGCCGUUCUACAAAAGAAGGGUCUUAAAGCUGUUAGGGUGGCAUAGCAUGAUUUAAUUAAUGGGCUGUCCCAGAAGCAAGGAUACUCACAUUCCACUCCAAAAGUGAUUGAAGGAAUUGCCUGACAACCCAGGCAGCAAAUCCUGCCCAUACUCGUCAUGUAAUCGCAAUAACCCCAAGAUCACAUGACUCACAUGGGCUGAGUUACAACAUUGCCUGCAGGCAGAUCUCCCAACAUAGAAUUAAACAUUAUUCUAGAAAAUGACUAUAUAAAAUAAAAUAAAUAUACACUGAGAAUUUUUUUUAAUAUAUGUAUGUAUGUAUAUAUAUAUAUAUAAAAUCUGUAUAUCUCAAGCCACAAUAUAUCCACCAGAAGGAGUGGACACAGCCGGAUUUCAGCUUCAAAAGUGUAAGUAUAAUUUAUUUAUAGAUGUAUAUCGACGUUUCAGUCCACGCAGGGACUUUCAUCAGGAUCCUGCUUGUGGACUGAAACGUCGAUAUGCAUCUAUAAAUAAAUUAUACUUACACUUUUGAAGCUGAAAUCCGGCUGUGUCCACUCCUUCUGGUGGAUAUAUUGUGGCUUGAGACAGCACCCUGGUAAUUACUUAUUUGACUUGGCAAGUACAUGAUUCUAAGGUUUAAUUUAUUUAUAUAUAAAUAUGCGCGUGUAUCUUAUUGUACGUGUAUUUUUCCAUAAUUAUGACUUUGCUGAGUUUCACAGAGAGAUUGCCGCUGGGGAUCCUGUGGCCAAGCGCGUAGGUUAAAGUGCGAUUUACCUACCUACUUGAACCUGUCCCUCGCAGGCAUGGCCAUCUUGAUCCAGCGGGUCCUCUUUCUUUAGAGCCAACGUCACUGCUGUAAUCUCACAUAUGAGCAAGAGUACAGCGUUGGAGUCUGGAGGAUCCCACAAGAACACAGGAUCCUCCAUAGACAGAGCUACUUCCCUGAAGCCGUCACCAUGACUUGUUGAGGAUUUGUUCGUAGAGAUUUAGAUUUAGAAAUAGCACUAGUAAAGCAACAUAUGACUAUUCAUGAUUUGUAGAAUGUACACAAAAUUACCUCUAAUGGAAAUUUGAUUUGACUGAUACAAUGUUAAAGGUACCGGAGUACUGUAGUAAGGAACAACUCCACUAAAAUACAUAACUGAUUUAUCCAGAAUCCAUGCUUGCUAACUUUCCUAAUAUACUGGCCUGCUGUCAGAAUAAGAGGCAACUUAACACACAGAAUAAAUAUGCAGGACAAGGUUAAUGAUGGGUACGCAUUGCCGAAUCUUAGAGUGGUCAGGCUUAACGCAAAAAACACAGAGAAAUAACAAGGUCAAUAAAGAGCCAAAGUUGAAAGAUAACAGACGUACAAGAAUUCAAUUAUGUAACAAAUGUAACAAACAGAAUAUAAAACAUGAGUGGGCAUUGGCAAUGACCGGAUAAUGUCAAAAAGUGGAUGUGACUUAAUGUCAUAAUAAAAGGGACGGAGCUACAGUCUGGCAUCAGAAAUGCUGGCAAAGGUUUCCGAGGGUGUGAAACUGAUGAGGUGCCUAUUUGGGCAGGUAGAAGCACCAGGUGAGUGGCUUAGCGCAAGGGUAUAUAUAUCCAUAACCUUGAACUAAUGUGACUGCUUCAGUAAUAAAUCUUUAAACUUAGAGGGUUACCGGAGUACACUCAUCUAAUAGACAUAUCACAGGGCACAAAACGCCUCUGUGGAUUGGAUUCCAUGUCUCCUUCCAAAUGUAGCUAAUCCUUUAACUUGCUUUGUAGGAAUACGUUGAAUACUAUGGUGGACCAGGAGUUCAACACAUUGCGCUAAAUACUUCUAACAUUAUUGAAGCGGUGAGUUUUACCCUGUCACAGUGCACCACAACUGUGUGUUAAUAUAUCAUUAAAUGUAUAGAUGUAUCACUUAGCCUUUAUGUAAAAAUAUAACCCAAAGUAUUUGCUGCAGAUUAUUAAUUUAAAAGAACGAGGUUUGGAGUUCAUGUCGGUCCCCUCCACUUACUACCAGACACUAAGAGAAAACCUCAAAACAGCCAGCAUCCAAGUGACAGAAAACAUUGACAAGCUGGAGGUAAAGUGUUACAUCAUUUAUAUCCAUGUAUGCAUUAGAGUAAAUAUAUAUAUGACUCUUCUUUUGAAUAUUGGAUAACUGCAGAUGUUCACUUCUCUCAUUUUAGGAGCUAAAGAUUUUGGUAGACUAUGAUGAGAAUGGAUAUUUGCUCCAGAUUUUCACAAAACCAGUUCAGGACAGACCAACUUUGUUUCUAGAAGUCAUCCAGAGACAUAAUCACCAGGUAUGACAAAUGAAGAAAUCUUAUUGGAAAAAUUAACAAUUAUUGUUUUUUUGGAGGUGAGGUGCAGAAUAUAAUUUCACACAUUAAUCAAACUUUAUUUAUAAUCAACAGCUGGUUGAAAGUAUCUUGGUUUAAGAAAAAUGAGUUCACACUAUCUUCUGCGUUUUAUCGUUGUGGUUUCCUAUCUUUACUGCUUUAAAAUAUAUUAAAACAAAAACCAAAAAAAGCUUAACAAAAUCACACCAACGUUAUUUUCUUCUAACACUACAGGGCUUCGGAGCUGGGAAUUUUAAAUCACUGUUUCAAGCUAUUGAAGAUGAUCAAGCUGCCCGAGGCAACCUCACUAUUUUGACACCAAAUGGAGACUUGGAAGUUCUCUAGAUAUGGAUGGCAAUUCAGAUCUAGAAAUGGAUGGCAAUUCAGAUAAGAAUCUGAGAUUUACCAUUGGAGUCCUUACAUAGCCUUUUAAUUAGAUUUAACUGUUUAAUUACUCCUAAAUUCAUGCCAACUCUUCUGUAAAUACCAGAGUGCCCUGUGAUUGUACACUGUACACCAUGGCAUUCAGAUUGUAAUAUUCAUUAAAAUAAAGAAUAUAAAUAUAAGAAAUAUACUUAUUUUAGCAACAGAACUUUGUCCUAGGACAUUAGUUACUACAAUAACUUUUCUUUAAUUGGGUGUUUAGUAUAUCUUUUAGAUAUACAUGCUCUACAGCACAACCUGGUAGAUUCAUUUUACAAUAAAAUAUUUUGGUUUUUUUGUCAGAUUGUGAAGCAUACUAAUACUUUAGUUGAUGCAUCACAGCCAGAUAUCCUCCAGUAAGGCAGCAGUGCAUUGAGACCGAAAUAUGCUAUAAGUCAGAAUUAUGGUCUUGGCAGCAUUAGAGGAUAAUAUAUAAAAUGAAGCAAUGCCAGUAACACAUUCAUAUUAUAAACUAUUGCUAAUGCAUGCAGAAAAACCUUAAAUACUGUCCAUUACUAAAUUUAGUUAGACUGUAUAACGUUUCAUCAGAUUUUUUAUUUUUAUAAAUCACUGAAUGGAAAGUAGAUCAUCAACAAUAGUGCUGCUCUUAUGUACGUGUAUACAGCGCCUUUUAAAAAUAACUAUGCCUAAACGUAAAUACUCCCUUUACUCAAUAUAAAGUAAUUCUUUCAGUGCUUAUUCAGAAAGAGCCUCUUUAUUCUGGUUGUUUAAAAAAAAAAAAAAAAAAAGAUACCACAAAGUAAAAUAUACAGGAAUACUACAGGGGAUAAGAUAUGCAGAGGCAUGACAACGGUUACUUAAAGGACGACUGUCACUUCAAAACCAUUUUUAAAUAUAAUCCUUGCAUCAAGUUUUGAAAGGAAACAGAUUUUAUUUUUAAUUAAGUAUAUGUAAAAAUAAAUGUACGGUAUAUAUAUUUUUAAAACCAGCCAUAUACAUGCACUUUGGGUCAGACGCUGUUUGAAAAAUGACAAUUAGUCUCUAUGGUCGGUUUCACUUUCUGCACAGAAGCAGAGAAACUGGUUUUCAAACACUGUCCGAGUUUUUUUGCAUUUACAUAAAUUUCCUUUUUAAAAUAUUAUAUUAAAAAAAAUUGUUUUCAUGUGAGAGUUGUCCUAAUAGUGAUUUAACUCAACUUUUUGUCAAAUUUGGAUAAUGCAAAUGAGAUUAUUCAGUGACCAAUGAAGUGUGUUGAUUUAAAAAUUAAAUGUGGAAAAUUUAGGUCAAAACAAGUAAGCUGGUGAUAAAGCAGAGAAGAAAAUGUAUGCAACUUGGCUUUAUUAGUUAAACAUUUGCACAUUUAGCUCAUACCAUAUGUUGUCUGAAUGAGAUGAUCAGGGGAAUUUUCUUACAUUUAUAAAAAUGAUUUAUACUAAUCUGUAAAGUCAUCAUUUGUAAAUAUCUCUCACAUCAUGAGCUAAUAUUUCUGCUAAUCCUUAACUGCAAAAAAGGGAAAACCAUCAAGAAAAUAGUCAUAAAUAGAUGUAGGGACCAUGUGGAAGAGUUACAUUAAAUAAAUUAAAUAGUCCUUCAUUACUAGUUCACUGCAGUGUUUUAUUAAGAGCUGCAAUAGUGAUGUUUUCUAAAAAUUGUUUGGCAUUCUGAUUUACCCCCAAAAAAUAAAAGUGUACACUUUGCCAGUAUGUGCAAUAAUCGCGUAAAUGUGCCAAUAACAGAUCUGUCUAUUUUAUUUGACUUUUCCGCCAUUUCUUAUGUUUGCCUAAACUCCGAGAUGCUUAUUCUAUACCUUGUAACAUUUCCAUUUUCACGAAUAUACUUUAUAUGUUUGUUGUGAAUUAUGUUUCUGAAAGGGCUUCAAUAAACAUUUAAUUGAUUCAUUUUUUUGUCAUGUAUUGACUAUUUUUGCUUCUGGUAAACGAUA